AUGAAUAAGAUCCCAAUCAACAUUUUACUAAAUCCAUCUCAUCAAGAAAAUUUAAAAGAUAAAUUACAACAAAUCAAUGACAAACUCACCUCAUUGUGUUCGAAGAUACCAGGCAACACUUCAGGUUUAGAACAGGAAGACCAUCUUGAGUUACAAAGAAUAUUAUUAUUCUUAACUACUGUUGUUAAAAAUGAAAAAUUAGACAAUGAUGAGAUAAUGCUAGUCAGAACAACAUAUCAAUUAUCUACUACAUUAUCGAUUAUGGUAAAGAGCUUACGAAUGGCAAAUGAAAAUUAUGAAUCUCAAACUAGUAAAGAAAAUAGUGAAGAAGAAUUAACUUCACCUUCUUCUUCCGACUCUAAUGACAGAAAUGAAUUUGUCUUUAAUAUUGUUACACAGGAUAUGAUGAAUAAGAAAAAAAUGAAUAUUAAAUCUUACAGAGGACAUAGACUUCCUAAACAAAAUGUUAAAUUAUUAGAACGUUGGUACAUUCAAAACGUUGAGAAUCCAUACCUAGAUGAUAAAAGUAUUUCAGAAUUGAUGAAAAUAACAUCUUUAUCAAAAGUACAAAUAAAGAACUGGGUUUCAAAUAGAAGAAGAAAGGAAAAAUCCAUUACAAUAUCACCAGAAGUAUCUCGAUUAUUACAAGAAUUAAAAACAGAAAAAGCAUAA